UAUAGCUAGUAGUGAAAUUGAUUACUGUCUUGUAAACCGCUUGUUGUUGUUGUUUUGAAGAGGUCGCUUUACUCAGGUUGCACUGCAAAUGUACUGAGAAAUAGAACCACAGACUUCGGAUAACGCUGUAUUACAAGGAAAUAGAAACGAGUUCAUGGAUUGGCUGUAUAAAUGCUUGGCUAAACGCCGGGGCGAAAGAUAAUUGUGACUGGACUGGGGAUCGAAUGAACGGUAUUCAUAUAUAAUUGGGAAUUUAUGAAAGGGAUUUCCUCCAGCCCAUUUCUCCGUGAGUGAAUUAUCGAUCUCGAUGCAUUUACUAAACUGAUGAAGCUAAGUAUAUAUGACGCAGGGUGGUGUCCGAUCGUUGGGGAUCAUGUAUGACGUCAUCAGAAGUCAUUUAGUCAAUGCUAAAAUACGUAAAUUAAUAUGUUGUGGAUGUAUCAACGGUGCAAAUGAAUUGCGGUCUCUUUAAAGCGCAAGGAUUAUUGCUGAAAUGUACGACAUUUUAUUAGAAACUGAAUCGAGUUCAAUCGUCUCCUCUGCAUGUUCGCGCGACAGAAACUGGGAAGCACUUGGCACGGACUGCAUGAUGUUGUCGAUCGUUCACCCGUCUUAUUCUUCAUCAUGUUCAUUGUGAUAUAUAGGCAAAUAGACCUCGGAUAGAGCUAUAGACCGUUGUUAUUGAAGUCAUCUAUCCCGAAAUGAAGUCGUUGAGAAAUAAAAACUCUCUAUGCUGAACCAGCUUUAAAGAAAAUUCAGAUAGCUUAGAAGAAAUGAAGCAGUCGCCCAGGAACCCUGAUAUCAAAAUCUAUUACAUGUAAGUCAUGGGUCAAUAUUCAGAUGAUCUACAGUACAUAUAACUUGCGAGAAGGGACUGGUUUUACUCAUAGCGUUCUUGAAUAACCUCACUUCGUGAACUUUAAACUACAGAUGCUUCGUAUUUCGACAGCUACGAUUUCAACUACGAACAUGAUGUCGACAUCAAAUCUAGUGGAGAAUGAGACACUUGCAACGAUUACGGCUAUGGUUGUUUCCAAUCCUGCAGACCAUGGCGUAGUUCUCAGUUGUUCCUGGGCGGAAAAUGGACCAAACAGAACCCGGGUCGAAGAAACACUCAGUCCAUGGUUCGACGUGCAUGUCUACAUGUUUGCAUCAAGCUACGUGAUCAUGCUUUUCUAUGCAAUUUACGCCAUCAUUCAAGUCUUCAGGCGACAUCGUACUCGCAAGCGUCUCUCAGUAGCAUUGCAUGCUAUGAUUGCAAUGACAUCGUUGACGAGAUCGUGUUCGAUGUUGACUGACCCUUAUAGCUUACGAGGGAUCAUACCGUGUCCUUUGAACGUCAUCAUCUGGUCGUUGGGUUGGCCGGGAGUCGUGUCUUCGUACAGCAUCUUUUUCCUCGUUGCGCUUGAAACGACGAAUUUGGCGCCAGCAUCGCGACGAUUUCAACGAUUCUUAGUUCUCUUCGUCAUCAUUACUGUCAGCAUCGGGUACGUUCUAUUUGCGGAUCUCCUCGUCUCUUUCAUACCGAGCUCAAGCGUCGCCUUUAUCAUCUGCGAGUUCAUUUUCAUUGUCUGGGGUCUUGUCCUCACCUUCGGGUUUGUCUACGUCUGGUGGAAAAUACGGAAGAACCUCUCGGCAUCGUGUCCGAGGAACACCCGUGAACGACGGCGAUCAUCACUCAAUGGUUCAUUGGUCGCCGUUGCUAAAAACGAAGCUCGUCGACUUACUUGUCUCGUCACUAUUCUCAUCACCAGUGCGGUGAUUUGUCUCAUUUUAACACUGUCCCACGUUGGACUACUCAUCGGAACAUUUUAUAGAAGUUUCUUGGAUUUUGAAGCGAACCCAUUUCAAUGGAUUUUAUUUCAAACGGGUCAGAGGAUACUCGAGAUUGUUUUGUGUGUUCUUAUAGCAAUAGCCAUGUUAAAUUCAUCACACAAUCAUCAACCAAAGAAGAGUGAUCUUAACACGAACAGAGACACAAUUUUUAGAACAUCCGUUCCACAUGGAUUAGAUAACAGGGCGAUUGAUUGUUGAUAACCAAAUAAGAUUCAGCGAUGACGAAAGAGAAUAUUGUUUUUUCGCCAAACUUUUAUUGGAUGCUAUGCAUAGUGUAGCUUCUGUAGGUGCUCGGUAUCAUGAAACAUUUACCAGGGCCCCGUUGCAUAAAACUUUUGCCAGACUUAUUUUUGCCAUAGAAAAUGUCUGGCGAAAACCAUAUUUUUUGCCAGAGUUUCGAAAUCAGUCAAAGUUUCAUGGCAAAAAAAAUCCGGCAAAGUUUUAUACAAUGGAAAACUCCGGCAAAGAGUUUUUUUUGCCGUAGUUUCCUGAUUUUUUGCAGUAAAAAAACUCCGGCAAAAGUUUUAUGCAACGGGCCCCAGGUGCUGCGAUUUUAUUAUAUGAAUAGGGAAUGUUGGGGCACUAGGUCAACCCCUAAAGCACUUCCAAAUGCCAAAGACAAAUAGUUGCACUGAGUUGCGGGGUUCUAAAAAAGUUCCUCUUUGCUAUCACAAACUCUUGCUCUAUAAUUAUUGGCUUAUAUUGGUUUCAUUAUUUUGGUCAUUUGAAUUAUGAGAACAAAACUUUACGAUUCAAGGGGCGAUACCCCAGGAAAACAUAUUCGAGGGGCAUAUCCCAGUUCCUAAGGAAUGCA